CCAUAGUGCGUUAUUGCGUUGCCUUCCUUGCCUCACUAUGGAUAGAUGUCGCCUGUAUCGGUAUUUGAUAUUUUUCUAAUCUUCGUGUUUGAUUCAGACGGACGGGGUGAUAUUGAGGCUGGGCUGGGCUGGGCUUACGUUGGUUACGAGCUACUGUUUUGGUAGAGUAGUUGGUGCUUUGUUCUCUCUCUACCUACUAUAAAGACCUUGUCGACCCUGGUGUUAGCUAGGGUUGGAAAAGCUCAGUUCAAGUGUUUUAUACAUCCUACGCAGCGAACAUGCCACAUCGACGACGUCACUCUUGGCCCGCCUGCGUUCCAGAGAGGACCACCGUCCCAGUUAUCACGGUCUCUCAGCCUCAGGAACCCCCAGAGCGACAGUUUCUCGCCCCGCUGGUGUCGGCGGAAUUGCUGGAAAGCGACGACGCUGCUUCGGCUGGGAUUGUCCGGUCGGGGGACCACAGCGGCAGCAGCAGCGCCACCCGUUAUCGGCUGUGGCCACACUAUCAUCACCACAAGGUCGUUGCGGGCUCACGGACUGCUUCCGCUAGAACCGACGCCAGUAUGGGCAGUCCUCUGAGACGAAUGCUGCGGCCACCGCUGGACAAGGCCCGGUCACUGUUUGUCUUGCCUACGACUACCACGGCGGGAGAGAAAGUCGUGCUCUCUUACUGGGUGCCGCAAAGUGUGCCGUCACGGCCUUCGCUUUCGCCUUUGCCUUCAUCUCCCCUUUCGCCUGCGCUCUCUGAGACCGUGGAGCGUGGAAGGCCGGUUGACGCGGCGGUUGGUCGGUUGAGGGCUGAGGGGAACCACCGGAGGUGUCAUUCGGAACAGCCUCGGUCGUGGAGAGAGCCGAGCGCGAGCUUGUGGACUUUGUCGGAGGAGUGAUGUUCUUUUCUUUUUUCUUUUGCUUGUUUGUUCUAUUGUAUUCUUAUUCGUUGUUUCCAUUGUUUGCUGCUUUCUUCCUUCAUCGCUUUUUGAUGUUGUUUCCUGCGGGGUUU